CGCGAAGUUUGUUGACAAUAUGGUAUCCAAAGAACCGUCAGUUUCCGGUCAGUUUCCCAAAAUAAACAGCGAGGACGAUGCAGUGGACUCGAGGAAUUCCCAGCUUCCUUCUCUGUUUUCUCUCCAACUUCCCUCUCGUUUCCCUCUCCAAAUUCCUUCGCAUUUGCACACCACGUUCAUCUCAAAGCGAAUCAAAUACCCCGAUUGAAUCCAACUCCAGCGACUGUUCGAUUUCUUUGUUUCGUCGCCACCAUGACGAAACAGGAGAUUUUCGAUUCAACUUACAAGUACCUGAUGACGGUACUUCGAGGAAUCGGUCGAUGCGAAAUCUUCGAUGAGAAUGACCAAGCAACGAUUCAUGUCCAGCACGUUGCAACGAUUCUAACUCUGGCUAAAAGCAUCAUUAACGACUGCGCGGACUGCAUCGGCGAAACUAUACCAGAUACGUCGCGCACUGACCGCCGGGACCAUGAAGCUGGCACGAUCGCGGAAGGAACCCGACCUUCAUCUGCCACCGUCGCGAAAGAUUCUGCUCCCUUCUUGCGAGGGUUAUCGACCAAUUCCUCGAACAGCGAGUCGGACAGUCAGAAGUCGGACGCCAACGCCUUGCUUUUGCCUCCAAAAAUCACAUGGACUGGUUCUGGUGGGAGCCUUCUACCGGUGUCGCCGCUCUUGACACAGUAUCGCGAAAUCAGCACACUCUUAUUUCGCUCAAUAAACCGAAAAGAACCCCUGAACAAAACAGCGACUGAAAUGACAUUCAGCCCGGUAACAGACGCAACCAUCAGAGACACCUUUAUCAAAAAUUUUGCGACCGUAUCCUUCAAAGCUUCAAGCCCCAAGUCCGGCGCGCGCAAUUCUUCUGCCGAUAACAAGGCGCGAGCCAAGCUGCCGCGAGCGUCACUUCCUCCUUCACGACUGGCUAUCCCGCAGGAAGGAAUAGCGCCGCCCAUGCCGUCGGAUGACAGCCUGCGCCACAGGCACAAGCAAAUCGCAUACCAGAUAUUCCUGGCAGCAAAAGUCGCCGAUGUUACCUGCUUCAAGCCGCAAGUGCUCGCUUUCGAAAUCAGCAUCCAGGACCAGAUGCUUUUCGACCAGAUUGGAGCGAUCGACCUGAUACUCCACAAGCCUCCUGACCAUGUUACCCAGCCGAUGCAAGCGCACGCCGAAUGGUUCAACUACUUGGCACGCUUGGUUGAGUUCACCAUUCUUGAGCGAGCGACCGUUCCUGAGCGAGCCCAGGUCAUUCUCCAUUGGCUCGCGGUGGCACACUACCUGGAGGAGUUUCGAAACCUCAACGGACUCCAGGCUGUGGUCUUCACUCUUACGGGACCGGCCAUUAGCCGGCUCCGCCGGACAUGGGAGACCGUUCCGGCCAAACAUCUUCAGGCGCUCGAUGCCCUGAUGGGAAUGGUGUCCCCCGAGGGCAACUUUGAAAGAUUGCGCUCAUACCACGCCAAGCGAGACGAGGACACGCGUCCGUUCGUGCCGUGUCUAGGCCUGUACGUACACGACUGUACGUACUAUAUAGCUCUCAUGAAGAAUGAAAGCAUCAACGAGAGCGCUCGGAGGCGGUUCAGCGAGCUGUGGAACGAGCUGGAUCAUCACCACAAUCGCCAGAAGUACGCCGUCGAGCAGCUCUCGGCUCAGAUGCUCAUGGAACAAUCAUCCAAGAAAAAAAACACGUACAGCUUACUGUCCACCAGAAUACCUACGCAGCUUGAAUUUUUACGACACGCCGAGGACGAGACUGUCGGAACUUUCGUGCUUCACUGGAUUCUAUCCCGAAAGUGCUAUGCCCAGAAGGAGCUCGACGAGCUCUCACGACUCCGCGAACCAAAGAUUCAGGAUGAGUCGUCGACGGGCACUCUGUGCCCGCCGACACCCCUGGAGCUGAAAAGGGCUCUGUCGGCACGCAUCCAACUCGGCACGCAGAAGCUUCCGCAAGACCCACCGUACGUUGUUUCUCCGGUCGACUAUCUUUCCGCCCAUGCAGUUGUGGUCCCUCCCGAGUUGAUCGGCGCUCCGAAUAUCGAGGCAUUACUGUUCAAGGAUCUUCGGACGGAGCCACAGCAACAUCAAGACACUCCACAACAGCAAUCGCAACCGUCAACGCCGUCCAGACCUAGUCUCUCUCGAGCCAGCCUGUCCUUUUUCGGCAAGGCAGUCGGAGCAUCGAGCGUGCGUCCCUCCUCCGCAUCGAUGCACGACCUUCCCGCUAGCGGAAGCGCGGUAGCAGUUGACACUGGAGACCCAGAACAUCCGAGCAAACGGUGGUGGCAGCGCCGUCGCUCGAGCGCUAGCUCAGGAUCGAGCAGUGGAGGAAGCACCUGGUCGCUUGAAGGUAUUCGGGACAAAAUCAUGCGCAAAUCUCGCCGUACUUCCCGCUCUGCCGGUGGUCUUCAGUCGCCCGCCGCGUCCUCCGCCGACGUCGUCUUACCUUCGUCGCUUGGGAAUGUCGCCAUCGCGCAAGCUCAAGGUCCGUCCGGCGCUGCUCUGCUCCAUCCCCCCCCGCCCCCGCGACCCAUGGCAAAUGCACACAGACGGGCGCAAUCAGCGUCAGCUAGCGAAAUCGCACACCUUGCGUUGCCUACUCGCAAACGAUUCCCUCCCCCGCCUCCCCCGCCGGCCUCUUCGAGGCGCCAACGAACGUACUCGGAAACCGCCGUCGGGGUUUGAAGGGACUAAAGACAUGAACAACUCGGAAUUCCCACUUCCUAGCUGGUUCUGUUCGGGGAACUCAAACGCCACCGUCUAUCGUACGCUUCUUGUAUUUGUUCAAGACUUCUUCCCUACAUAUACGAAGCUCUCAUCUACCCUGCCUGUUUAUGGUCCUCAUACUGAUGUUAGGCUUUCACGUUCAUGACUCAAGUGUAUCCACAUCGCAACACAUUCAUAAAUGCCCUUAAUACACCAAAAAGUUACUGUAUAUCUCUCUCUGCCCAUCUCUCCCUCUGACCAUCAUUGCUCCGUCGCUACCUCGACAAAAACCACCCAGCAAAACCAAGCGGGACGUUCAAGGUUCAUCAAAAAGACCACAUGUUUUAUCAAAAGAAGAGAUACACACAUAAGAGUUGUCUCACGCUUCAAUAAACAUUACAAAAU